AUGAUGCUUAAUCGACGAACAAUUAUCUUCGUGUCGACGGCUCUAGUUUUUAUAUUCAUCUUUGCGCUCGGUCGAAAUAUCGACGUCUCCUCCUUAAAACUAUCGAGCCCAACCACCGAUCCAGAGUAUGCGGGACUUGGAAACAACGACGAUGCCUCCCUUUGGGAAGGCUCUACGCCAGUUGUUACCGUUACAAAGCCCGAUCCAGUGAAGGAGGAAAAGCAGCCACCCAAAUUCGAAGGAGGAAAGUCAGCCGCGCAUACACUACAUCCAGACGCCCAAACGUACUUCGACCUUGCCUUCUCACCAAAGAAACCAUACCACUACGACUUCCCUGCGAUUCGACAACGCUGCGAGCGAAUGCAAUGGCCUGAGAAGGAGGAGGACAUCGUAUACAUGAAAUGUGGGGGAAUGGCGGCAGGUCUUACUUCGAUUAUCUCUCAAGUUAAAACAUGUCUCAAAUAUGCCAUCGAUUCUGGAUCCUCGAUCGUACUUCCCGCCAUGCCCCUUCGCGACUCUACCGAUCUGAAGGAGUUCAACUUUCUCAACGAGGCCGAAUACUACACCUACGAUCAAUGGUUUGAUGCCGAACACUUGAUCGAGGGUUUGGCACACGCGUGCCCUAAGAUGAAGGUUAUACACCCCAAGAAACUAGAUGUUGCAGGAGGUGUGCCAGUAAAGCACAACUGGAGUGUGGAUUUAGGAAGCGCUCCAGGCUAUCAAGCCUUUGUCUCCUAUUUCUGGCCUGGACGGCUAUUCAAACCCUUCUGGGAUGAGGAGGUGGGCAAAUUGAAGGCAAAUGUGACGGAUCCAGUUCCUGCAGGGAAAGAAAAUGGCAUUACAGUCGUUUCGAUUCACAGCAUGUUUUUGGUUUAUCGCAUCACGGACGAUCCUACUCGUAGCGAUUUGCGGUUGUGGAAUGAUAUCGGAAAUUUGAUUCGCUUCCUUCCGGAGCCACGCGAGAUCGUCCAUGAACUCCUUGAACUCAUCCCCAGGCCGUACUAUGGUGUUCACUUCCGCGUCGAGAACGACACAAUUUGGUCGCCUUUGGAGAAUCAAUUGAAGAUGAAUCUGGAAGCCCUUGACAAGGCUUGGGCGCAAGAUAACAAGAAUGGCGACCCCAAAGCAAAGAAGCCUCUUGUAUAUCUUGCUUGUGGGGAUAAGGAACAAGUCAAAAAGUUUCAAGCCGCUGGUGCGGAACGUGGUUGGGAGGUAACUCAUAAGUGGGGAGUCGCAGCUAUGUCUCCAACGAAGAAAGAAGACAUCCUCAAGAAGAUGGACGCCCUAGCGUUCGAUUUUCAAGGUGCUGUAGAUAUGGGUGUUAUGAUGCAAGCGAACUUUUAUAUGGGCAUUACGGGAAGUGCUUUUAGUAGCACAAUUGCCAAUGCUAGAGAUGGAACUGGAAGAUAUCGAGGCAGCAGCCUUUACAUCUACGAGGAUGGGGGCGCGAGAAAUCACCUUAAUAAUGAUGGCGAGGCUAAUGGAUAUCCAUGUUGUUUGUAG